UUGUAAAAAGUACCGUUGCGCGUCAUACGUAUAUACGGGUGUACGCGCGAGUUUCAUCACGCGUGUAUGUGUGAGUAGUGCGACGACGAUCGUGCGCUGUGCGCCUCGCGACAGCUCGGCUCGGCUCAUUCGGCUGUAUCGCGCGAAUACAGCUGCCGACGCCGCGGAAGCUCUAGCGGAACUGCCCAGGACUGCCAGCGUCCGGUCCAUUCUGUUUCUCCUUACGACCCAGUUCUCGUUUCACCUCUGCCACCCUUCCGCGCGAGAAUGCGAGACCGCGGACGAACGUAAGACACCCCGGUCUCCUCCCGAGGAAGGAACGGCGACAGAGAGACGUGUGCCUGCCCCGCGAACAAGCCGCGGUUAUGUUUUUCGAUGGAAAGUACUUUAGCGACAAUGGCAGCAACGUCCCCGUCGAAGAGAAGACUGCAGAAGGAAUUGAUGUCUUUAAUACGUGAGCCUCCACCAGGUGUACACGUAGAUGCAGAGUUAGCUGGACAAAAUUUGACGCAAUGGAUCGUCCACAUGGAAGGUGCCAAGGGUACGCUGUACGAGGGGGAACAAUUUCAGCUUCAAUUUAAGUUUAGUUCAAAGUAUCCGUUUGAUUCGCCAGAAGUGACUUUUAUUGGUGGAAAUAUCCCCGUACAUCCACAUGUCUAUAGUAAUGGUCAUAUUUGUUUAUCCAUAUUAACGGAGGAUUGGUCUCCUGCUCUCAGUGUGCAAAGCAUCUGUCUGAGUAUCAUUUCCAUGCUAAGCAGCUGUAAAGAAAAGAAGAGACCGCCUGACAAUACAUUUUAUGUGAAAACUUGCAACAAGAAUCCAAAAAAGACAAAAUGGUGGUAUCAUGAUGACAGUGUCUAACACUGAAGAUCAUAUAAAAAUCUUAUCAACUUGUCAACAUUUGUUGGACCAAGUGGGAUAACAUCCAUAUGUGGAACCUGACGCAUUAAAUCAAUAGAAUUUUCGCAUAUGAUAGGGGAGAAUAGUUGAAAUCGAACUGUGUUCCAAAUAGGACUUUUUUAAUUUAAAUGAAUACAGUUAAGCAGAUUUGCGUACUAUUUAUAAUGUAAAGACAUUGUAAGACAUUGAACAUGUGACAGUAAUUUGACAGUUCUCUGUCAUAACGUUCAUAGAAUAGACACAAAUAUGUAUUUUCGGCCAUCUCUUGUGAAAAUUUUUUUAAAAAAGAUAUCGUAAAUCAUUUAAGAGGUGUUAAAAGUUUGGAAGGUAAUUAAUUUAAGAUGAUUAAAGAGUGCAAAAUUCAAAAAUAUCAAGCAUUUUGCGAUCACUUUUGAAUGUUUAUUGUAAAAUUUGUUUCAAAAUUCGUGUCCAAAUCGGACAAUACAGUAAAUCAUACCAUCAAAAUGGUUUGAAGCAAAAAUGAAGGAAAUUAAAUGAUUUUUUCAACGGUACCUUCGGUUUUACGAUCGGACUUUAUUUACGCCUUAUAGAGAGCAAAAAUUGCAAAUAGGUUCGAUUUAGGCCACUCCCCUAUAUUAUAUAGUAAAGUCAAUAUAACAAGAAAUUAGUACUUUUAAGGAAAGACAAGGCUACAACUUACUUAUUAUUAUAAUUAUAGAAUUAAUGCAAACUGCGUGAAUUGUUUAAUCAUAAAUUAUUGCAAUGUUGCUGAUAGCGAAGCAUAUUUUAGUUAUAGAAUUACUAUCAUGAUCAGUAAAUUAAUGCUAA